CUGAUUUUUACUUCAUCGCGUUCACAAAACUGUUGACGAAUGAUAGCGACAACUACCAUCAGUCCGGCGCUGAAAAUCGGCCUUCGGUGCCUUGGUGUAUGGCCGGAUAUGCCACAUUCUACCGUUUAUUGUGUCAUUGUUAUGUCAAGUACUUUGAUCGUACAAUACUUUCAGUAUCUGUACGUAUUCUCGCACUUUAAGCUUAGCGAACUCUCAAAUCUCGUGGAUGGCUUAUCUUCGACUUUAGAGAGCAGUUUGAUGUUUAUUAAGGUGGCUAGUCUUUGGAAACAUCGUCGAGUUUUUCAUCAACUUUUGGUCGCAAUGGAUAAUGAUUGGCGCGAGUGCAACCACGUUGAUCAGUAUUUAAAUAUAAUGACACUUAAAGCCGGUAUAUCGCAUUUUUGUUCCAAUGCUAUGCUGAACUUUAAUACAUUUGCUGGAGUGUUUUAUCUUUUGGGUGAUUACGCUAUUCGUUUUGCAUAUCUAACAAAAGGUUACAAUAAUACUUUGCGGCAAUUUCCUAUCAAGGUACAAUUUCCCUUUGAAACGGAGCAAUCACCGAUUUUCGAGUUGCUCGGUUUAGCUUUAUUUCUACAUGUGAUGGUUGGUUCGUGCACGAUCGCUAUUGUAAAUGGAUUGAUCUUUAGUUUGAGUAAAUCUAUCUCCGAUGCAGCAUACGAAUCACUGUGGUACGACAUGCCAUCAAAUCAAGGUAAGAUUAUAUCAUUCAUGAUACUGAGAUCACAGAAGCGACUAGCGAUCACAGCAGGGAAAAUCAUGAAUCUAUCCUUGGAAGCUUUUGCGAGCGUAAGUUUUUGAGGCUUGACAUAUGACCAUUAUAAAACUUUAUUUUUUUUAGAAUUAAUUUUUCGCUUACAAUUAAUUUGUCUUUUACGUGUGCGCAUAUUUGCGUAUCACAUAUAUGUAAUUUUUUAUUUCUCUUUAGAUCAUGAAAGCAUCGGCAUCAUACGUAUCUGUUUUGCAUGCAAUGUAUUGAUAUUAACAAAUAUUUUUUGAAAUCAUAGCGUGAUUAAUGUAAGAUGAUUAGUAUGUAGAAACUGUUUUUACAUAUAUAUUAUAUAUUU